AUGUCAAUAAAACAGCUCUUCUGCCUGGCGCUGCUGUGGCAUGCAGCAGUUGCAAAUCUUGCCAAGCCGCUGCAUGCAGUGGCACGCCAGACACCGUCAGUCAGCAACGUUGAUACCCCGCGCCGGUUGCAUGGCAAGUUCCUUCACAUAACUGACAUCCACCCCGAUACGUUCUACCAGCCGCAUUCUUCUAGCGACCCCGACGACGACUGCCACCGCGGGCAGGGCACCGCAGGCGUCUUCGGGGCGCCGUCGACUGAUUGCGAUGCGCCCUACUCCCUCGUAAAUGAAACCUUCGCCUGGAUCGAGCGCAACAUCAAGGACCAGAUCGACUUCGUCGUCUGGACUGGCGACAGCGCGCGGCAUGACCGCGACGAGGCCCUGCCGCGCACCCCCGACCAGGUGUUAGGUGCCAAUAAACGGAUCGCCGACAUGUUCAUGCAGACCUUCGGCGCCGGCAACGGGAACUACGGGAGCCCCUUGGCCAUUCCAGUGGUCCCGACCUUCGGAAACAACGAUAUCCUGCCACACAACAUCCUGCUCGCCGGCCCUAACAAGUGGCUGCGCCACUACGCUGGUAUCUGGCAUCCCUUUAUCCCCGAGGAGCAGCGGCACAGCUUCGACUUUGGCGGCUGGUUCCACGUCGAGGUUGUGCCCGGACGACUGGCUGUCUUCAGCCUGAACACGUUGUACUUCUUUGACCGCAACGCCGGUGUCGAUGGCUGUGCGGAUCCAGAAGAGCCUGGAUUCAAACAACUAGAAUGGCUGCGCGUGCAGCUACAGCUGGCCAGGCAGCGUGGGAUGAAGGCGAUUAUCGUUGGGCAUGUGCCGCCUGCAAGGACGAAGAGCAAGAAGCUGUGGGAUGAGACGUGCUGGCACAAGUAUGCAUUGUGGAUGCACCACUUUAGGGAUGUGGUCGUGGCUGGGUUGUUUGGCCACAUGAAUAUUGACCACUUUCUCAUCCACGAUAAAGGCGACAUCGACAUUUCUGCCGUGUCGGGAGCAGCGCUCGCUGAGUACGACACCCGGAUCGAGGGUGAGCUCUCAGUAGAAUCAGCUUCGGAUUACCUCCUGGAGCUACGUAGAGAUUGGGCUAAGUUGAAGCCAGUCACGCCGCCGCCGACCGGAUUGCGCGACCCAAGCUUUAUCCGCCGAGAAGGAAGAAGAGGUGGGAAGAACAAGCAGCACAGAGACCCCUGGGGCGAGCGAUACCAUCUCUCGCUGGUCGGACCCAGCGUCGUGCCCACUUACUUCCCCACGUUGCGCAUCAUCGAGUAUAACAUCAGUGGACUCGAGGAAAUUACCGUGUGGAGCAGCGCUUCCAGAGUCUCUGCCAAUUCAGAGAACUCACAAAAACACCUCGAUCUUCGGGACUUCUCCUCGGAGAGCGAUAAUGAUCCCCUCGAGUAUCAAGCAACAGACGGCAAGAAGAAGAAGAAGAAGAAGAAGAAGAAACAACCAAAAAAGCCAAGGCCCCAUGACCCGAACCUCGUCAUACCCUCUCCUCCGUCUCCUGGCGCCCCUCCUGGACCUGCCUACUCCCCACAACCGUUCACGUUGACAGGUUACACACAAUAUGUUGCCAACCUGACACUCCUCAACAGCCUAAGAGAGCUCAACGACACCACGAGGGCCAAUUUCUAUGUGGUGGAGUACAGCACGUUUGAGGACGAGAUCUACCAGCUCAGGGAUCUGACUGUUGGGAGCAUGGUUGAAUUAGCGAUGAGGAUGGGGAAGGAGGCGUCUGUGAUGCCGAUUGAUCAGGCAGGAGGGGAUGGCGAGGGGUUGGAUGGAGUUGAUGUGGAGGAAGAUGAGGAACAUAGUGACGAUGAUGACCAUGUAGGUGCCGUGGGUAAGAAGAAGGGUAAGAAGGGUAAGAAGAAGAAGGGUAAGAAGAAGCAUGUCAACAAAACAUGGCUUCAUUUUCUCAAGCAUGCGUUUGUCAGCACGCUUGGCGUCAUUGCUCUCGAACGCAACGCUUACCUCUCCGCCCUCUCAUCCUCCUACAACGACAACACCUCUCCUCGCCUCUCUUAUCGAACCGAUCGAUGUGAAGGUAAUCCCAUGUUCUUCCGGCUCCCACACGCGGUCCUCCGCCGCCGACUUCGCCGCCGACGCAUGGCGACCUUCGCGUUUCUCGCCCUGACGGUCCUCGUCCUUCUCUUCCCUCUCUAUGCUGUCUACAAGCCGCCGUCCCUCCUGAUCCGCCUUCUCUCCCACCGCUGGACCGAUGUGCUCUUCCGCGUGUGGCUACCACCCUCGAAGAAACUUGUCGCCCUAACCAUCGACGACGCUCCCUCCGACCAUACCCCCGCCAUACUGUCUGCCCUGGCCGGCGCGGGCGCCCACGCAACAUUCUUCGUCAUCGGCUCCCAGGUCGCGGGUCGCGAGCACAUGCUGCGUGAUAUCGUGCGCGCUGGGCAUGAGCUAGCGAAUCACGGCAUGCAUGACGAGCCUGCUACGAGACUCUCUGCUGGGGAGCUCGAGCGCCAGAUCAAGGAGGUUCAGCGGUUGAUUGAGGAUGCUUACGCUGAGUCGGGCCGCCAGGCCCCCGGUGCGAAUGGUAGGAGGAGGUACUACCGGCCUGGGUCGGGCUUUUUCAGCGAGCGGAUACGAAGUGUCACGAGGAAGUUGGGAUAUCGUGUUGUGUUGGGCAGCAUAUACCCACAUGAUGCGCAGAUCUCGUGGCCUUGGUUGAAUGCGAGGCACAUCCUGAGCAUGUUGAGCCCGGGAGGGAUUAUCAUUUGUCAUGAUCGACGAAGCUGGACGCCGCCUAUGCUGAGCAAGGUGUUGCCCGAGCUGCAAAGACGCGGGUACAAGGCUGUGACACUGACGGAGUUGUUGGAGGAAACUACUGGGUGA